AUGGUGCAGUUACAGAUUCUAAUCAAUGGAAGGAAGCAAUUGAACAAAGACAAAGAGGAAAAUAGUAUGCGGCUAGCAACCACAAGAAGUAGACCUACUAUUCAACAAGUUAUGCCGACCAAUGCAUCAUACUAUUGCUUAGUUGAUGCAUCAUGGAAAUCGUCAAAGGAACCCAUGGGGUUUGGUUGGUCCUUAUAUUGCAAAGAAGGAAACCAAAUUAUUCAAGGGUCAUCCUCUUUGAAGCCUGCAAACUUAGUAGUUGAAGCAGAGGCUAUAGUCUUGUUAGCAGCGGUGACACAGAUGAAAAGGCUCAACUAUAAGGAUUUUGCAUUCAUGUCAGACUUGAAAAGCAUGAUAGAUGAGUUAAAUCAGCACUUGGCUGAUCGAACCAUCCGAAUGGUCUGUACCACUGAUGCAGCUUUGGUGUUACAGGUGUUAGAGACAUCGAAGAAUGAAAGUCAUACUUUUCACAAUGUAUCAAGAGAGUUUCUAACACAUGUUGACCUUCUUGCUAAGUAA